AUGAGCACGACGCGUGGCCGCCCGGCCUCGCUCAAUGCGUUUCUGAGCGCUCGAUCCGCCGUCAUCGGCCUCUGCAGGGUGGCUUUCCUGGGUCUUCAGCACGCCGCCGCCGCCCCGCUCACCACCCUGGGUCAUGGAGGCGGAAUUGACGAGCCCGAGGCCGAGGGCCCUGGUUUAUACGUUUUGUACGCCCUCUCCGCGAUUCUCGUCGUUGCGGGAGGCGCCUUUGCUGGUUUGACGAUUGCAUUCAUGGGGCAGGACGGCAUUUACCUCAAGGUUCUCAAAGACGAUAUCCACGAAUCCGCGUCAUUACGGCGGGCCGCCGAAAAGGUCCUCAACCUGCUCAAUAAAGGAAAACACUGGGUUCUUGUCACCCUACUUCUAGCCAACGUCAUUGUCAACGAAUCUCUGCCCGUUGUCCUUGAUAGGUGUCUCGGCGGCGGAAUUGCCGCCAUUGUCGGUAGUACCGUGCUUAUCGUCAUCUUUGGCGAAGUCGUUCCCCAGUCAGUCUGCGUUCGAUAUGGCCUUCCCAUCGGCGGUUUCAUGGCGUUCCCCGUGCUUGCCCUCAUGUGGCUCACGGCGCCCAUCUCGUGGCCGAUUGCGAAACUCCUCGACUACAUACUCGGCACCCACGAGGGCACCGUCUACAAGAAGAGCGGCCUCAAGACCCUCGUCACCCUACACCAGACCAUGGGCGAGGUUUCCGAGCGCCUCAACACCGACGAGGUCACCAUCAUCCGAGCUGUCCUCGACCUCAAGGGCAAGCCUGUCGGCCGCAUCAUGACCCCCAUGAGCGACGUCUUCACCCUGUCGGCCGACGCCGUGCUGGAUGAGCAGCUGAUGGAUAGCAUCCUCUCCGCCGGCUACUCGCGAAUCCCCGUCCACCAGCCCAACAACCCCACCAACUUUGUCGGCAUGCUGCUCGUCAAGAUCCUCAUCACCUACGACCCCGAAGACUGCAUGCAGGUCAAGGACUUUCCUCUGGCCGCCCUGCCCGAAACCCGCCCCGAGACCAGCUGCUUGGAUAUCCUCAACUACUUCCAGGACGGAAAAUCCCACAUGGCCAUGGUAUCCUCGGCGCCAGGGCAGGACCACGGUGCUCUGGGCGUUGUCACGCUGGAGGAUGUCAUUGAAGAACUGAUUGGAGAGGAGAUUAUCGACGAGUCUGACGUCUAUAUUGACGUGCACAAGGCCAUUCGCCGCCUGACGCCUGCACCCACCACCAUGCUUUUCCGACGAGGCAGCCUCAACGCCGAUAAGCUAGCAAAGGAGCACGGUCGUGGGGAAGGAGCCCGACCCAUCGAAACUAAAAGACUCGACCCCAGCACCGCAGGACAGGACGAAGUGCUAGUUGCGAGUCCCAAGACCGUUACCUUCAUGAUGAAGAAGCGUCAUUCCACAGGCCCCGACGGCUUUGAGUCCUCCAAUGUACCCGUCAAGGCCAACAUGGACGAAUUGCGGCAGCACCUGAAGCAUCUCGGCCCUUCCAACCCGGCGUCGAACCCCAAAAACACCAACUCGGCCACCGUCAUGAUUAAGCCUGGUUUCAGUGGUCUGAGCCCCGCCUCGGCGGCCCAGGUCAAGGACGUGCCCCGCGGCACUACCCUCGCCAUCGUCCAGACACCCGAGGAUGACAUCGAGGGAAGCGACGAGGACACCCCACUACUCGCUUCCAAGAUGACCCCUAAAGAGAAUAACGGCAUCUUUGUCUCCAAGCCUAGCUACGGUACCGCCGACGCCGGCAACGGCAAUGGCAAGGCCUCGCUCGGAAGGACGAGCCAACCCCUGUCCCUCGAGAGCGACGGGUCCGCGACCAUCACCCCAGCGGAUGACGGUGUCGCCGCGGGUUCUCCCCGUAGCCAAGCCAGCCCGCCCGAGUCACCCAAGCCCCGCAAAUCCCGGAGCAACACGAUUACGUCGCCGGUUACCACCGACGGCGCCAGUGACCUCUUUAGCGCGCCCGCCAGGGCAACCACGAGCCGCAGCGGACCCAUCAUGGAAAGCUACAUCGAGUCCGGAGGCGUACGCAAGGUGGUCAUCACCGCCAGCUCCGGGGACGAGGAGGAGGACACCAUUGCCGGCAUCGGCAUCAUCAGUUCCGAGGCGCAGCCCGCCCCUUCGAUAGAAUCCGCACCGGCGGCGCUGGAGACCGAGGAGAGUGGGGAGACACAGACGACCAACGACGACCCGGCAGAGUCGGAAGAGGCGGAGGAAGAGGAGUCGCAGCCGCUCUUGGACGUUGGCUCCCCCAACACGCAAGGGAGCAGUAGUACGGCGGGACAGGCAGGUAAUGGGGGCAGUAGUAGCGGUGGCGGCGGCGGUAAGAAGAAUAAGAAGAAGCGCAAGGGCAAGAAGAAAUAA